GCAACCAGGGCCAGUGAGAGCCAAGCCGCUGCCAUAGCCGCUCCCGAGGCAGCAGCCGUUCCGUGCCGUCGUCUGGCCUGCAUUUACACUGCUGCUGCAGAAACACAGACAGGCAGACAGACAGGCAGGCAGAGGUCGAGAGACAAAGACACGCGCGCGAACUGAACCGUCCCGUCGGAACAGCAGGAGAAAAAGAAAUUAUACCGGUCCGACAGAGCCUCGGACCGGUCCGAGUGCUGAGUCCCCCCCCUUGAGCUUGCGCCGCGUGCGUUUCACGCGGUGCGCUCGCGUCGCCUACUGCGAUGAAGAGCAGCAGCAGCAGCAGCUUCACCGCUCGAUAAGCUUCUCGCGACGUUUGAGCACUUGGACGCAGGAAGCAUCAGCAUCGAGGUCGACGUACCCGACACUAUUGCAUCGCAGUGAGACUUUUUCGGGACGGCAAUCGGAGAGAGCUUGCGGUGCGUUUCUCGCGCGGAUAAUACGGGCGAAGCUUGCGAAAAGUGCCGAGGAUAUAACAGAUGGUAUACAUAUAGUGCUGGUGGUGCAUCGAGAUAUGAUCGCGAGGGUGCAUGAGUUGGUGGUGGAACGGGAGCCUCUGACCUUGGCUCCAUGAGAGCUUUCGCCAUAUUACAUGUAUGAGUUGGGCCCCCGCGGUGCGGUUUUUGUAAAUAUUGCAGUGCUAUCGUAAAUAGGUUUGUGAUCGACGCCAAGAGAGUGUGAAGUGUUCUUCAGCCGCUGUCGCCGGGAGAGGAGAACGGCGCGACAAGAGAAGACAGUAGUCGGACGAGCCUGAUCGAUCUCUGGAUAUUAAGCGACGGCUCUGCUGCCGUCUCUCUCUCUCUCUCUCUCUCUCUCUCUCUCUCUCUCUUUCUCUCACUCGGUCCGUCGAGCCUGGAGCAGCGUCUGGAGCAGAUCCCUCGCGAGAUAUGCGCCGCUGAAUAAACCGGGCGUUAAAUUUCGAACGCUGCAACAGCGCCGAAAAGGAAACUGCCCCGUCGCCGAGGAGGCGGAGAGGAGGGGAUCGCUUGCGGUCAAGACAGCGGGAACACUUGUUGCUGCUCGCGGCCGGCUGUACGCGCGGGCCGUCCUGCACCCGAAAGAGUUCGAGAUGUCCAGGUGGUGAGCUCGACUGUCGCGCUCAAGCCACGAGGAUGAAGGCGACGAACGUCCGGCUGUGUCUUCGCUCGGGGUAGACCAGCGGACGGACGGAGUCAUGCAGACUGAGAGCCGCUCCAGCGUAGCAAGCUCGAGGAGACGCAGGAGAGCCUACUCCGAGCUAGCCCUGCACUAGACAAGUCAGCAAGCUACAGCCCAGUGGUGGCUCUCGGGUAUCCAGUGCUCCGCCGACGAGGACAACGACGAGGACACCAUUAGCAGGAAACGGACGCCGCGAUGAGAGGCUGUAGUAAUCGGUGACCGGCGGUCAGCGGACAGGACGACUGAGACUGCAGGCCGACUCGGGGCGAGACGGUGAAGGUGGAUCGCGAGAGCAGAAGCAGCAGAAGCAGGCAAGGCUGGAUCACCUGCGUGGAAUGUCUUCCGGCGCCAAGCGGCUGGUGCAGUCGCUUCGUGGCCGUAGCGGAGGAGGUGGUGGCGGCGGAGGCGGAGGCCACGGCCAUGGCAGAAGCGGCUCGGGUAGAUCGGACUCACACGGUGGCGGCGGCGGCGACGGCGGAGGAGGCGCCGCCGCGAGCACUAGCGCCACGCGCCUCUUCCACUACGACAGCGGCCAUGAGCUCGACGAGAUCUCGGUCAUCGCCCGCAAUUCCGAGGAUCUUACCACCCCCACGACUCCCUACCACUGCGGGGGCGGAGGUGCGAUCAGGUAUGGCAGCGGACAGACCCUCUACAGCAUCGCGGGAUCGGUGCCACCGGCGCCGGCUGCGCCGCUCAGUAGGGUCGCUCCUGGCGGCAUCGUGACGUCGGGAGGCGGCGUCGUGUCGGGAAACGAGCUGCGCGAGCGUCAUCGCACGGGCAACGGCCGAGGGGGUGGAGGUCCCGGCUGUCGGGGCGACGACGACACCAAGAGCGUGGAGAACGUCUCGGCGCGCAGCGUAUUGCCCUCGAGGCAGAGUCUCCUCGAUCUCGUGAGCAGCAAGUUCAUGGGCCGACACACGCCCACCCAUCACUACUAUCACGCGCAGCAACAGCAGCGGUACUUCAGCUCGUCGCGGGAUUCGCUGCAAGGUGCAUACGUGAAUCGAGGGGCGAGCGAGCUCGACCUGAGUCGCAAGUCCCGGCGCAAAGAUCAUCUGAGGGGCAGAUUCAAGCUUCCGAACGCCGUGACGCUGUCCACGACCUCGACUCCGGGACACGAGACGACGCCGUCGCAUCUUCACACGCCAGCCUCGAUCAACCAUCUCGGUGGCAACACCCGCUGCAACGGCACGGAAACAGGGGUCCAAUACCGUCGACUUUCCUCUAUCAAGCUUUUGCGUUACACGGCCCAGCAGCAGCAACAGCAACGCGGCAGCCGGGGCUACCCUGGCCAAUCGGGCUCGCGAGGCUUUCGGACAGGUGCGCCCAACUGGUCGUUCGUCUUCGAUCCGGCGGGUCGACUCUGCUACUACUGGUCGAUGGUCGUCUCGUUGGCUUUCCUCUACAACUUCUGGGUCAUCAUCUACAGGUUCGCCUUCCAGGAGAUCAACGGAGAGACGCUGGUGGUAUGGUUUUGCCUGGACUACCUGUCGGACUUCCUCUAUCUGGUGGACAUAGUUUUCCACUUCCGUACGGGUUACCUCGAGGACGGCGUGCUGCAGACCGACGCGACGAAGCUGCGCACCCACUACAUGAACAGCACCACCUUUUACAUAGACUGCCUGUGCCUGCUGCCCCUCGACUGUUUAUACUUAUCUAUAGGAUUUAACAGUAUACUGCGAAGUUUUAGACUCGUUAAAAUUUACCGAUUUUGGGCGUUCAUGGACAGGACCGAGCGACACACGAACUAUCCGAAUUUAUUUCGCUCCACGUCCUUGAUCCAUUACUUACUGGUGAUCUUUCACUGGAACGGGUGCCUCUAUCACAUUAUUUAUAAGAACAACGGUUUCGGGAGCAAGAACUGGGUAUUCAGCGACUCCGAGACGGCGGACGUCGUCAAGCAGUACCUGCAGAGUUACUACUGGUGCACCUUGGCCCUCACGACUAUUGGGGAUCUGCCGAGGCCGAGAAGUAAGGGCGAGUAUCUGUUCGUGAUAGCACAGCUGCUCUUUGGCCUGCUGCUCUUCGCGACGGUACUCGGUCACGUGGCCAAUAUCGUCACUUCCGUCAGCGCUGCCCGGAAGGAAUUUCAGGCGAAACUGGAUGGCGUGAAGACUUACAUGCGGAUGAGGAGGGUGCCGAACCAUCUGCAAGUCAAGGUCAUCAAGUGGUUCGAUUACCUCUGGCUGACGCAAAAGUGCUCGGACGAGGAGAAGGCCGUCAGUUGUUUGCCAGACAAACUCAAAGCAGAAAUAGCCAUAAACGUUCACCUCGACACGCUCAAGAGGGUAGAGAUUUUUCAAAACACGGAGGCCGGUUUCCUGUGCGAACUUGUGCUGAGGCUACGUCCAGUUCUCUUCUCACCUGGGGACUAUAUAUGUCGGAAAGGUGAGGUCGGCAAGGAGAUGUACAUAGUGAAUCGUGGCCGACUGCAGGUGGUGGCGGACAACGGGAAGACGGUGCUGGCCACCCUCAAGGCCGGCUCCUACUUUGGCGAGAUCAGCAUUCUCAAUAUGGGGACCGCAGGUAAAGAGUGCGGUAACCGGCGAACAGCCAGCGUCAGGUCGGUCGGCUACUCCGAUCUCUUCGUGCUGAGCAAGAAGGACAUGUGGGACGUACUGAAAGAGUAUCCGGCGGCAAGGGUGCGCCUCGAGGCGAUCGCCGUCAAGAGGCUCGAGAAGUACAAGCGAGCGCCGCUCGAGAAGGCGGCGAUGGGCAGGUGCCAGAGCACGCCGGGCCUCGUGGAGUCGCGCGGUCGCACCCCCCUGGAGGAGAUGCUGGUCUCGCCGCUGGACAUGCGGGGCACCCACUCGCUCGGCGGCCACUCGGUCUUCUCGCCGAGCCCGAGUCCGCUGGGCUCGCGGGGCCCCGGCGUCCGCCCCACGCCCAGCCACCACCACCAUCACCCGGCGACGAGCGGCCCCACGGAGACGCCCAGGAGCGGACAGCCCCGGGUGCCCGGAGCCGACAGCCCGGUCAGCGCGGCCAGCAGCGCCCACAGCAGCGAGGAUGCGACCGGCAGGCCUCCGCAGACCACCACCCAACCGUCCACCGGCAGACAGUCCACGCACUCGGGUAUGACGUGCAACAGCAUGACGCACCUGAUGAGCGAGGGCACGACGCCUCUGUUCGGUCACGAGCCGCUACUCGCCGAGAUCAAGCGUCUGCGGGACCGACUGGUCUGCCUGGAGUCGGAGAACGCGUCGAUGAGCCUGAAGCUGAACCAGAAGCAGUGGGAGGUCGAGCACCGUCUGGCCGAGAUCGAGCUGCAGAUCUGCGGCGCAAGCUCGACCUCCAGCGUCGAGGACAACGAGCGCAAUCGCGAGAGCAUCAUUUAACGAGAAACUGCGCCGCGCAGUGCGGAGCGCGGCAACUCGCGGCUCGAGCGGAUCCAUCGCUAUCUGCAGGAGCAAAGGCGUCACAACGAACAACAACAGGGGACAGCGAUGGGCCAAGAGGUGGGCAGCGACACGAAAUCCAUCGGCAGCUUGAGUCAGCGGCUUUUCGAGAGCGACGAGGAGGAAGAGGAGGUC